AUGGUCGUGCUUUCUCCUUUCAUUGUGAGACUAUUACAUAUUUUGUUUUUGCUCAAUAAACUCCCUAUUUCCUUUUGCAUAAACUGCAAUGAUAAACAUAAAUGCAAAAAUGGGUGUUACGUGUUAGACGAUAAUAAGUAUGUAUGCUUAUGUAAUGAAAAUGAAAAAGGAAUAUACUGUACGGAAAAAUGGAACGUUUGCGACAAGGAUUGCAAUAUAAUGGGAAUGGACUCAUCUUGUUCUAUUGCCUUAUGUAAAACAGGGUCUUGCAUACCGACUGAGAAAAGACCAUUUUACAAGUGCGAGUGCGGUGCCUUCUUUAAGGGGAAAAAUUGUGAAAUUGAAAAUAACCCUUGUUCCUUUCCAGAAACAAAUCCCUGCUUAAAUGGUACUUGCAUCUUUAUUAUAAAACUUAAUAGAAUUAUCUGUAAAUGUAAUAACGGGUGGACUCAAAGGGACAAACAAAACUCGAGUUUGCUGACCUGGGGAAACCAACAGGUUGAAGUGCCACCACCAUGCGACGAGCAAAUUAGAAGGGGGUUGUCGAAAUACGCUGUUUAUCACACGCCAGCGACAUACGCCAUAUGGUGGCUCAUUUAUAUUAUAAGCGUCUUGAUCCUAUUCUUAUGCUGCUGUAAUGUGUGUUUUAAUUUUCUUUCAAAUUCAUUGAUGAGCUAUUUUACUGGGUUUAACAGUAAAAAAAAGGAGUAG